AUGGAGCAUGCACAAUCAAAUCCCACUGCAUCGGCGCCUUUGCUGGAUGUCAGUUAUGAGUUUACACACGCAGAUGUGCUAAGCUGCUUAGAAGACACAAACUCCCCCGUUCCAGAGUUUUCAACCAAGACCCAGUACACAUCGUUCCGUGAUGCGUUGGCAGGUAUUUUUAGCAACUUUAGCAUAGAAAUUUAUACAGAGGUAUCUAAUCACUUUGGAUUUGAGGGCGUCUCUGAUUACGAUCUGACGUCUGUGGCAAACUCUGAAUGUCAUCUCUCCGUCAUUCAGCCACAGGCUCCAUCGCCCUCUUUCCUGAAAGACGCCACACAGUCGGGAAACUUUCCCGGUGUGGUGGAGCUUUUGAAAAUGAGCCUCCGAGUCUACGUCGAUGAAAUAGAAGGAGUCAUCAAGGGAGCCUGCAUGAUCUCUGAUAGCGACCCUUUACUCAUCAGUCAAUCGUUUGCAGUCCUGCUGGCAGUGUGGAACGAUCUGCGCACUAAACUGGCUAACACAAGCACGCUUUUCGCCGGAUACGGGCUCCCCCUUAACACGGUGAGGGAUACCUUUAUCGAUGCACUUACUACUGACCUCAUUAAUGAAGAGCGUGCAAAGAAGAUCAUCUCCCUGAUCAUCAAUGGGAUAUCUACAUAUCUGCUAGGGAGUGAGCAGCCUCACAUUCUUUCUCUGCGGGCUAUGAUCAGCUUUGUUGGUGCUGUUCACUCUCAGUAUAUUGACGAAUUGGUGGAUAAGCUUAUACCAUCAGUAGUGGCGAUUUUGCGAGGCAAGUUGAACGGACUUCUCACCAACAAACAGGGCAGCCAAAAGGCAUCCUUGGAACUAUUGCAUAGCAUCCAGGCUAGGAUUAAACCGGCACUGAGCAGGGGAUUAUUGCACAACCUUAGUCUGUCCACGUCUGAUUGUUCUUACGAUUCAGAAGAAGAGACAGAUAGUGAAGGCGGAGAUGACCUCCAGGAGGACGACACAUGCAAGGCACAGCCAGGUGUGCCUUCAGAUGGAUCUGCUAAUGUGACGAAUACAGAAAUCAGUGUCCCUAUUGGUUCAACUGAUAACGCGGAUGAUGCAAAUGACUCUUUGUUGAUACGGCAUCAUGCUCCCGUGAUGAAUAGUGAUAUUUGUGUUGCAAUCCUCUCUGUAAUAUCUUCCCUCAACGAGUUCACAGAGGUAUUAGCAUACCUGCUUCAAGUGACUUAUGUGGAAUUGCCAACAAAAGUCACUACGGCCAUGCGCUGUAUGCAGAGAAAUAGCGGACUGUUUAUGCCAUCGCAGGAGUGCCUAAACAUUUUAGAGGUACAGUCCAAUCUCUCGCACCUCCGCACAAGCCUCCUUUCUGCUGUUUUGAACGAUCUGGAGCCGUUGCUGACAUCGCCUAUCCUAUCCUACACUGUAAUAUUUAACUACUUCAAUGGUGGCAAGGGGCUAAUCUAUCACCUUUACGUUCUAGCGUAUGAGGCAGAAGAGCGCUGCGGGGCUGCUGAGGACAGUCCCCUGUCGCUAAUAGAUAACUUUAUUACGCGAUCCCUCGAUCUUUCUCUUAAAUAUGCAUACAGAAACCCUGGCACAUAUUCUUUGUGUAUAGAUAAAUUUCUAGCCAAUCCAUUUGUAGUAGACCAGUCUUACCUAAAGGGCAAUCCUCCAACCUUUCCCGUAGCACAGGUUUUGGCUGUCAAUCUCAUUUAUCUCAACUCUGUUUCUGAGGACAUUCAAGAAACACUCAGGUAUCUCCUCUCAAACUCUCUUCUGGUGACUUUACGUAAAAUGCAGAGCAACUUAUCGAGUGGGAAGGUGUAUGAACUUGAAAACCCCAGUCUAAAAGCCCACGUCUACACUGCCGCGUACGUCGACACCCUUUGCUGCAACUCAAAUAGCUCUGUUGCAUUUGUCUCUGCCGAAGCCAUUCUCGUCCUUGUGGAUAGCAUAAUUCGGUUUAUCUGCCUGUUAGAGCUAAAGCUGAAGGAGCUAGAUGAGCUUUUUUGCAACCCAGAGCCUCAUGAGCAGAUACGGGAAUACCUGUCUCUACUGUCUUGUCCCUCUGUUCCUGGCCAACCGCUGGAGGCGCUUUUGCGGCAGAUCUUUUGUCCGAGUAGCAGUUUGCGGCUUCCGCAGCUUCUUCUUUGCGCGCUACUUGCAUACUGUGGUCACUCAUGUAACUCCUUACUCGCUUCUAAAAACUCCGAGCCCCAGGGGCCCGUGACAACGGUCGCUGCAGCCCCCAUAGGCACCUCUAAUGGGAUUACCUUUCGAAGUAGCACCAAGAUUGCAUGGGAGAAGAUGCUUAUUCACAAAGCUCCACCGCGGAAGCAACCUCUGUUCCAUAACCUCCUUGAUAUUGCUGAGAUGAUGGGUAGGUUUUCGUGGCCUAUUCUGAGCAGCUGUAUGGGCUUUCUUCGGAAGAAUGAUGGAAGCUUGGCAGCUAUAGUUUCGCGAAUGAUCAAUCUGUCUCUGAAUAGGUUCCUCUGCUUUUCUACGUCUCAUGCCCUUCUUAUUCUGGAGCAAGAAUCAUAUCUAGAGUUUCGAUCGUCUAUACCUUCAGAUGAUAUCUCAGACAUUUGCCACAAAUAUCUCAAUAAUAUUACCAGCGCAUCGAGUGUUGCGCAUGCUGCGAAAAACAUGACAAUGAGCGACACCAACUACAUAUUGAUCAACGCUGCCUUUCAGUCUUUUCUGGAUGAAACAUUUAUACACGUUAGCGCCGCCAGGAAAACGCCUAUGCUGACAACUGAUAUCCAAAAGAUGCUUAUGGCGUUUGUGUCCGGCCACGUCAGGGUUAUUUCUCCCUUGCUGAAGAGCACCCUUGAAGCAAGCGACGUGCCCCCUCUUCAUGUUCUGUCCUUGUCUGGCAGCAUAAUCAUAUGCACGCGCGAAGUGGCUGACACUCUUGAUUUUGUUCUUCAGAGAACACGUGUUUUCCCCGCAGACUUGGCUACCGUCCUUGGAGAAGUGUUCUCCUCUGUCUACCCACAGAUGAUUCGCGACGGUCUUCUGGCGAUGGACUCCAAGGGGUACUUGACAGUUCACUCCAGUCUGGCUAAGACGAAAAGUGCGAAGGAGCAGCUUAAAGACCUUACCAGGCAGGACCCCAUUGCAUCCUUUUUUAACAGAGAGCGCUGUGACUACUUCUGCUUCUCCUACGCCAAUGAAGGGCCACAUUACAAGCACCUCGAUUGCUACACAUGGUAUCACUCGUUAGAUUCUGUAAGGUGCUUGCCGAGCAAGCAGGAGGUGUCUGCUGCUGACGGACAAUCUGACGCGAUCACAGAUGCGGCGCCAACAGUCAUUGUGCCACAGUCGGCUCCUCAGGCCAUGGGUAAGGACAUCAACACUGUCAUCGCUCUUGCCAACGCGUUCAUUGUUCGAUUGGUCAAGACAUGCGGGCCACUUAGCAGGCGGGAAAUUAUCGAUCGCUGUGUCGAAGAGGUCAGCGGGACGUCCAACGAAACAGCCAAGUCUUCGCUGGAUAAUUUAAUUGACAUGGACUACCUCAGCUACGUGGACGGUGACUCGUCGCUCCUUGCGUAUGUGAUGUAG